ACAGCUCCGUCUUUUAGGGUUCAGCCUCAGGAGGCUUUUUCCACAUAAGGUACCGAGGCUUCAUCCUGCUGAUCACCUUCUUAAUCUACACCUGUUAUCACAUGUCCAGGAAGCCCAUCAGUGUCGUCAAGAGCCGUCUGCACCACAACUGCUCAGGGAUGAUCCAGCCCAUCAGCGACACCCACAGGCUCAACGACACCACGUGGUGCAACUGGGCCCCAUUUGAUCACAGCAACUACAAGGAACUCCUGGGGGCGGUGGACAACGCCUUCCUCGUGGCCUAUGCCAUCGGCAUGUUUAUCAGUGGCAUUUUUGGGGAGCGGCUCCCCCUCCGUUACUACCUUACAGCCGGAAUGCUGCUCAGCGGCCUUUUCACCUCGCUCUUUGGCCUUGGCUAUUUCUGGAACAUCCACGCGCUCUGGUACUUUGUUCUUGUCCAGAUCUGCAACGGACUCGUCCAGACCACGGGCUGGCCCUCCGUGGUGACCUGCGUGGGCAACUGGUUCGGGAAGGGGAAGCGGGGCCUCAUCAUGGGCAUCUGGAAUUCCCACACAUCCGUGGGCAACAUCCUGGGCUCCCUGAUCGCCGGCGUCUGGGUGGAUGAGCAGUGGGGCCUGUCUUUUGUGGUGCCCGGCAUCAUCACCGCCAUCAUGGGCCUCAUCACCUUCUUCUUCUUCAUUGAAUACCCAGAAGACGUGGACUGCUCCCCACCUCAGCACCAUGGUGAGCGGGAAGAGAACGUGGACAACGCCGAGGACCCUGGCAGUGGACCCCACUCUAACAGAGAGAACGGCCUGGAGUCUGCAGUCACCUGCUCCAAGGAGCCAAGUGCUCAUCCCGCUGCCAUCAGCUUCUUUGGGGCGCUCUGGAUCCCGGGUGUGGUCGAGUUCUCCUUGUGUCUGCUCUUUGCCAAGCUGGUCAGUUACACCUUCCUCUACUGGCUGCCUCUCUACAUCUUCAAUGUGGUUCACUUUAGUGCCAAGGAGUCUGGGGACCUGUCCACGCUCUUCGAUGUUGGUGGCAUCGUCGGCGGCAUCCUGGCGGGGCUCAUCUCUGACUACACCAAUGGCAGGGCCACCACCUGCUGCGUCAUGCUGAUCUUGGCUGCCCCCACGAUGUUCCUGUACAACUACGUUGGCCAGAGCGGGAUCAGCAUCUCCAUAGCGAUGCUGCUCACCUGUGGAGCCCUGGUCAACGGCCCGUACGCCCUCAUCACCACCGCGGUCUCGGCUGACCUGGGGACUCACAAGAGCCUGAAGGGCAACGCAAAGGCGCUCUCCACCGUCACGGCCAUCAUCGACGGCACCGGAUCCGUAGGUGCGGCUCUGGGGCCUCUGCUGGCCGGGCUCAUUUCCCCCACGGGCUGGAACAACGUCUUCUACAUGCUCAUCACUGCCGACAUCCUGGCCUGCUUGCUCCUCUGCCGGUUGGUGUACAAGGAGGUCCUGGCCUGGAGGUCAUCCCUGAGUAGAGACGGAGGGUAUAGAGAAAUGUGAGGACCCGAUCGCAGCAGAAACCUGGAGGGCCCUCGCCGGGUCCCACAGUGCCCCCCACCAGAUGGCUGAGGCAAAGCCUCCGGGCCCAACACCAGCCAGCCCAGCCCACGAGGCUUCCAUGGGCUAGGAGACUCUCCACCGGAAGGGGACCACCAAGCUUGAGGCCACGGAAGACUCAAGGGCCUUGUUGGAGGACAGAGGGGACGUAAAGUGCCCACUGAACUAAGGCACCUUGAGACCAAAAACUGAGGGGGCAGCUCCGUGUGAUCAAGGGACCAGUUUAGUAUAGGGUCACUUACAGGGUGGGAUCGGGCUCGGGCUCAGGUGGACGGCGGUCUGGGAGCGCUCCACACCACCAAGGGGCCAUCAGGACAGUUUUAUAGUUAACCUGGGGCAGGGGGGUGGGUACUUGGAAACAGGACAUGCAUUCUUAAGAUUUAGGAAUGGGUAACUAGUCUCGUGGCUGCCGGGAAUACGUCAGGGGAGGUUUAUCAUCAUUGUUUGGGGACUAACAGAGCAUAGAGGCUGCCUGGUCCUAAAGAUUAUUAAACAAUAUCUAUUAACUACAAAGCCCUUGAUGACAGACAAGUGAUUUACCACACAGUAUACGGUCCUGGCUAGGGAGGCAGAAGGAGAGGAGGAACUGUAAAGGCCCCGAAGGCGUCAGUUGCGCUGACAGCGAUAAAGGCCUGAGCUCUGGAGGCCGCCAGUGGAAGGGAUCAGGGCUAAGUGGUGUCUGCAUUUUGGUACAAGAAGGCAUAUGCUCAGACUCCUCCUUGUUCAGAUUCCAAGACAGAAGGCAGAGAUUCAGCAGGGCCAAGGCCUGGAAAAAGCGCGUCUCUCCUUCUCACGUUAAACGUGAACCUCUGUAAUCAGCCUGUACCUAGAAGUGGCUAUUUCAGAGCCACCCGGCCUCUCUUUGUCCCUUUGUCCACAAGCCAGUUUCCUCCGUGUGUUUCCCCACGUUGGCACUCCUCCAUCUACCCUCCAUUUGAUCCCGUUUCUAACUCCUGACCCAUUUUGAUUAAAGCAUUAUUGCCGUAUCCUCCAGGGCAGGACUAGGGAAAGGCAGGGGAAGCGUCACUCCCGACUGUGAGGGCCCCUUGCCUGCUCUCAUCCCAGCCCCCUGUGUCCCCAGGGAAGAUGGCUUGUCAGGGCAGUGCUGUAGGGGAAGGGUGGGGCGGAGGGCAUGA